AUGAAUGUCCUGUCUAAGGUCUACACGGCUCCUCUUCAACGCCCCCGAGGAUCCACGGAUGAGGAAGAAGAGGUACGGGCGACUACUGAAGCAACUGAAACUCAAACCCAGACCGAACCAGGACCGUCUCGUCGAACUCCCAUAACGCCUGCCGAGAAGAGUGUAUUGACCUUUACCAGCAGGGACUCUCUGAUGCGGAGACCAGCGUCUCAAGGCCCAGUAAUGCGCGAUAAGCGCGUAUAUUUUUAUCCCAUCCCUCCCAAACCAGUCAACGAGUCGCCGUAUGCUAACCAAUGGGACAAAAAAUUCGAGAACAGCGUCCGUGACAAGAAGGACGAUCAGAUGAGGCCACUGGCUGUACUCUCCACGUGCAGGGUGCAACCACUAGAGAACAUGAUCGGCUUGAAGCCGAAGAAAGACGAGAGCCGCUCCUCGAAGAAAGGCUCUCAUGGGCGCGGUCGUGGUGUCUCACACCGCAUCUAG